GCAACAUGAGGUUCCGGCUGCUCCUUUGGACCUGCUUUUGGAUCAUGGCCGGAGUGCUCCUGGUCAACGGACAGAGGCCAGCCAACCUGUCCUUGAGAAGAAAACUCCACCGACAGCACUGCUCCCACAGGAGAUGCAUGCCGCUGCAUUCCAGAGUGCCCUUUCCCUGAGUUUCAGUCCACUGCUGGGAAGAGGAGCCAAGUGGAAGAGGCCAUAUGACAGAAUUUGAUAGCUUCGCAGUUGUAAUCUAUGCGGGUGUCCUGCAAGCCAUCAUCAGGAAACAUUAAAAGUAUCAAGAAGGCUUUGGAACAGCUUCACAGGAGUUUUGGGUUUCUCUAAGCAGGGAGAAAACAAUGAAGAAUAAAGUGAUCUUGUCUGGAAGCUCUGGAAAAUCAUCAGUGCAAUAUGAUAGCCAUUCUCUACGCAUCAGUACAGCACUCUAGGAGAUGGAAAGAAAAUUUUGAACAAAUAUGGGAUCAUUGAAAGAACUGUU